UUUUUAUUUUUAUUUUUUUUUAAAGAAAGUAAAUGUUGCAUUACACAGCGUUAUUUGAACCAUUUGAAACCUUAGCAUCGCUCUUUAGCAAUCAAAAAAGAUUUUGCUCAGAUUAAGCUAUGGAACAGGCUGCGUAACUGGGCAGAUCUGCCGUGUCCUCUCUUCGCCUCAGCCCUGGGACAUUAAAAACAGCCAUGAGAACUUGGUGCUGAACAUGACUGUCCACGGUGCAGAUUAUUGCCCUUUCUGCCCAACCCCCAGUUAUAUGAUGACUCGAACCAUGGAACCGCUGGCAAGGAAGAUCUUUAAAGGAGUUUUAGCAGCUGAACUUGUGGGUGUUUUUGGAGCUUAUUUUUUGUUUGAAAAGAUGAACUCGAGCCAAGAUUUCAGGCAAACAAUGAGCAAGACAUUCCCCUUCAUCUUGGAAGUUUAUUACAAAUCCAUGGAACAGUCUGGAAUGUAUGGAGUGAGAGAGAAAGAUCAAGAAAAGUGGUUGGAUAGCAAGAAUUAAGGCCAGUCAUCACGCUCAGCUUCCCACUUGAGCUGUUUGAAGCCUUGGAGGGGAGAUGGAAGAUGAGUCCACGUCACUGCGGGCUCGACUCCCACAGUCCUCCCCAGUGGGACUGCAUCUUAGGGCGCAUGGCCUGUGCUCUCCCACCCCACCCUCCCCCGUUGUGGAAACCCGCUGUUGGGUGCUCUCCUGUGUUUUCUAACAUGAGUAUUUGACAAAUGAAACUAGUAACAUCAGAAAUUUAAAAAUGUCUUCAAGCAUAUAAGAGUAAACCUUUAGCCAAGUCAAAAUAAAAGACUGACUCUCCAAGAAAAAAAUGUUUUGAGUCUGUAGUCUGUUUGUGUGGUUUAAAUGUCUUGCUAUGUGACAAGCAAGUUUUCUGCCACCUAGGGACAUCUACAGGGAAAUACCAAUUAAAACACUUGACUAAUAAACUCAAGGCAACCUGGUAGUGUACACUUAUAAUCCUGUUGCUUGCAAGGUGGAGAAUCAAGCUCUCAAGGCCAGCCUGAGCUACUGAGUGAGUUUAAGGAAGCCUGGGUUACACUCCACCCCACAGAGGGAGUGGGGGGGUGGAUCAAUUU